GUACACAAAUCAAGUAGGCUAACGCUAUAUCAUGGAAAUAAUAAAUAAUAUGAAUCAUAUAAGUCAGUAAAUGAAACCUAUGUAUUUCAAAAGCAUACAAAAAAGUGUACACAAAGCAUAGGCUAUUAUACGUAUGUUUAGGUCUCUUCUGUAAUAAGAAGGACUAAACAGGCACAUGAAUGUAAGCUAUAGGCUAUGAAACAAAAAAACAAACAAAAAUAAAUAACUAAUAUAUAUAUUUUUAUGCAUAUUGUUGCAUUAACAUUAUUAAGACUUUGCUGACUUAGAUUGCACAUACACUUCACGUUUCAUUUUAUGUUUUAGCCUCAAAUCUAAGUUCAGUGGCACAUCAAAAAAUGUAAAAUCCACUAGGCUAUGUGUGGAUUUUUUUAAAGAUAAUUAAAUCAAUAAAGAGUCACAAAUUUUUGCAGUCUUCUUUUAUUCCCUUUUGAAUAGCUAAAACAUAUCUUGGAGUUUAAUGAUAACCCCAAAAUAACCUAUAGAUGGCAGGACUGGCAGAUCGCGCUCUUCAUUGUACAAACAGAGCAACGAUGGGCAGAUGAUUAGUUCUGCCUGAUCCAAGUGCCGCCAGCUGAGCUGCGCUUGUUUUCCAGAGAUAGGCAGUUGAUUACUCCUGCCUGGAUGAUUAGGCCUGAAUGGAGUACAUGAGUUCAGGUUGAGUUUUAACCACAGCGAACAUGUAAGAUUGCUAAUCACAGAAGGAACUAACGUGAUGUAUGUGACCACCUUCCUGCGUUAUGUUAGGCUUGGUGGUAGUUGUGCUUCUGCUCGUAUCGUUCAGAGGAGGAAUCUCUCAGGAGCGGAUGCCAUUAAUGCCCUGCGGCCAUUUUACUUUGCAGUACACCCUGAUUUCUUUGGCCAGCAUCCAAGAGAGAGAGAAGUGAAUGAAAACUCCCUCAAAAGGCUAAAUGGUUAUCUGGAGAAUCUUCAAAAGCCUGGGGCGAGGUACCCCAAACCUGCAAACCUCACGUUUUAUGUCAGGGACACAAAAGAAAGAGCAGACUCCAGUGACAGUCUGCUAGCCUCAGGAUUCCGUUCAGUGACUUUCACCCUGCAGUCUAAGGAUGUUCUGAGCACAGUGUUGGAUGUCCUGAGGUCCUGUAGUCUCUCGAUUGAACACAUGCAGGAUGUGCUCAAGGCUGAGACCGGAAAGAGCUCAACACAACUGCCUGGAACAGCUUUCUAUCGGCCCAUUAAAUGGGACAAGACUUACUACACUUUCACAGGAUUCAGGGACCCAGAGCAGGAGUUAGAACAAGCCAGGAGAGUGGAGCCCACACUCAGUUUAUGGCUGAGAAACAAUGAGUCAGAAGCCACAAAGAAACAGAAUGCCAGUGUUCCACGCCGUGAGGAGCUGAAAAGACUGAAAAGAGAGCUGAUUCAGAAACUUGGUUUGUUGGAUAUCAGGUGGCAGCGCAAAUGGGGUUUUGCUCACAAAUGCAGUCAGCUGCAGAGUCUGGGUCGUCUCUUCACACAAAGCCCUGAGGCUCUGCACAUCCUGAGAGGACACACAAUAGUUUUUACUGACCAGUCAGGGAUGAAUGCCUCAGGGCAUGUUAUGUUAGGAACAAUGGAUGUCCACCAUCAAUGGACAAAGCUCUUUGAAAGAUUGCAGAGUUACCGAAGCCUGUUCCAGCAGUCGAACUGGCUGAAAGAGCGCAUCAGUCACCUGUUGGGAGGGAUUCAGGUAAUCCACAUCGAGCGGAUGGGUCCAGUUCUGCCUCUGGAGGAACACUACAGCACCCUCAACACUUUCCACAAGAGACUGUUGCCUCAGCGCCUCUCUCUACACCCCCGCAGCAUGCAAGGCCUCACAAUGACCUUGGAAAAUGACCGCUCCACCCCCUGCCUGCAUGAGAUGGGCCACUUCAUCAUCCCCACUAUAUGUGACACCCUCCAGCUGCAGAACUUCCUCCAGAGCCAGGCCCAGGUGGCCCGGAGACGCAUUCAACGCAGAGACAAGUUGGAGGCGGAGGAAGAAAACAUCAUUUCGAAUUGUCUGCAGGAUUUGUCUCUGCGCAGUCUGUCUAAAGAGCCCAGUGUGUCGAGCAGUCAGAUGAUCCCCUGCUGCAGGCGUCUGAUGGAGGAGAAAUCGCCUCAGAUGCAGGGCCUUCAUCUCUACAUCUCUCACUUCUAUUCAGUCAUGCAGGAUGGGGAUCUGUGUAUUCCUUGGGACUGGAAGUGCUGAAACACACUGAACUCUAUUUGGACUUUAUUACUAUGCCUCUCAGGCUCAUAGUCACAAUUUGUUGAAGAUUUUGAGAUUUGGCCUAGUGUAUAGGCAUUAUACCUGCACUUUGGAUCUAGCACAUAGUGUUGUGCUUUUGAGGCAGUGGGUCCCAGUCAUGUGAUGUAUGUUAUAACUUACAUCACAAAGUUUAUUUGCACUGCCAACAUUUCACAUGAGCAUUUUUUUUUUUAAGUAUCAUAUCUCAAUCUAUUAUGAAAAUAGCUCUUGGAAAUACUGAUAAGGCUCUUUUUUGCCUUAAAACGAUCAGUUGCUAGUUGCACCAUAUCAGAGAUUUAAAACUGCAGUAAUUAUAAUCAUGUUUUGGUAGUUUAAUAUGCAACUUUGGGUUUUUAAAUACAUUUUUGAUUGGUUCUGGAAUGAUGCUCCAUACGAGUGACUGCUUGAGUCAUCUUUAUCAUUUCAAAAGCCUGACUGAAAACUGUAGUACCAACUGCCAAAAUCUAAAAUGCAGUCAAAAUUCAGAUGUGUUUGGACGAAUGAUUUUGUCUAAAUGCUGAGUAUAUAUAAGUAUUAAGAAUUGGAAAAGCGAAAAGUGUUCUUUGAAAAUCUGACUGGGUUCUCUUCCAAUGUAGUGUUUGUACAUUAGCAAUCCUAAAUUCUGUAAUAUAAUCUGUCUUAAGAUGUAGUGUACAGUGUAUACAUGUUGUUUGCUGCUAUUGUGUUUCAAAGGUUUAUACUGAUAUCUGUACGUACGAUAAAUAUCAAAACUGUGUAGCCACACAAAUUUACACUAUGGUUCAAAUGUAACCAGUCACUAUUGUAUACAUUGUUAAUAUGAACCUGUUGGUUUACAAUGUUUAAAAGAGUCCAUGAAUUUUCCACUCUAUCGGGAAUGAAUAAAUGAUAAUA